UAUUUGGCAACAAUUUUCUGCUGAGAAAAUAACAGCUGUUUUGUCUCCUCGUCUUGGUGCAGUUUGUUGACUUUUUAAACGGGCAAGGAUGGGAGAUUUGCUUGAGACCAGUAGUCUGGUUUAUUAUAUUUCCCCCCAAGCAGGACUUUUUUUUUAAUCUUCAAAAUGAAAUGUAAAAGUUUAUUAUUAUUGCGAAAGAUGUGUAUGACUUUAAGAAGUGCAAGAUACGGUUUCUGUUUUUAGCACCAGACUCCCAAGAUUAAAAAUAGCGUGCGAGCCCUCAAACUCCCCCAAAAGACGCUCGAGUCUAUUCGCGCCCCAAUACUGAACUAAAGCAAGAGAAGAAACGUUUUAUCCCAGCCGUUAUACUGACAAUCACGCAGUUACGUCCCAACUUUCUGAGCAAUUAAACUCUAGAUCAUUUACAGCCAUUUUGGCAGCUCCUCAGAGGCGACACGUGUGUCAUGAAAACGCGUUUGCGCUCUCAGCACCGGUGACUCUUCAGUCUUUCACAGUACAGCACUAGGAAGAGUGCAAAAAAGACGGAUGUAACACAAUGAACCGAGUAGUGAACGACACGACGUAGCGUUGCUGUUUUUUGGUUAGAGUUAGAAACGUGCUUUCUUUUUCUUAUGCCUUUUCUGAAGGAAUAAUUCUCUUAAGGAUCGGUUCUCACGCGUAAAGUAGCGUGUUUCUCAGAAGGAUUUAUUGAAGGUUACCAAUGGGGUCUCAAGGGCCAGGACGUAAAAGAACCCCCAGCAAAAAUGGGUUGACUGCUGAGGAAGAUGCCCUCAACGUAAUCGCAAAAGAGGCUGAAGCCCGUUUGGCAUCUAAGAGGGCGGCCCGUGCAGAAGCUCGUGAGAUCAGAAUGAGAGAACUGGAGAGACAACAGAAAGAGAUUUAUCAGGUGCAGAAGAAAUACUAUGGACUGGAUAACUUGGACAACAAAUGGGGGGACAUUGAGCAGUGGAUGGAGGACAGUGAGCAAUAUACACGUGUCUCACGGAGACAUGCUUCGGUGUCAGAUGAUGAAGAACGGAUGUCAGUGGGGAGCAGGAGCAACAUACGGUUGGAUUUGGAUGAGGCGGGUGCUUACGGCGUGCUUCCCCAGGCCUCCUCCUAUCACUCACAUAAGAAGUCCAAGAAAAAGAAGAAACAUUCUUCCAAAACCAGCAAUGGCUAUGACGAUGAUCUCGGCACAUUGUCUAAUCGGAGCUCCAGACUCAGUGAUGAGAGCAAAAUGUCUCGCUCCUCUAAACAUGAUCGGCAGUCGGGCUCUGUAUAUGAGGACAGUCUCUACAGUGGCUCUCGACGCUCCAGUGCUCGUGCUUCCUCUGAAUACAGUGGUUUCCUGGGCUCCAGCUCUAGGACUUCAUCCAGAGCAAAUUCUGCGUGUGGAAGUCCAGUGGAGGACUGCAGCAGCUCAGUGGCUAGUUUUAUGCGCAGCUCAGCUAGUAUCAGUGGCCUCUCUAGAGACCUUGACCGUGUGGUCAUUCCUGACCUGCCAAACGUUAACGGGAGGCUGUCAAUGGCUGAUGACAGGUUAGAGCGAGACUACUUGGAAAAGGGAUCCUCACGAGCAUCAACUAUUUCUGGCGCCACUCUUACCUCUCUGGGUGGGACGUCCUCACGGAGAGGAAGUGGAGAUACAUCCAUCUCUGCUGACACAGAAGCAUCCAUAAGGGAAAUCAAGGAGAUCCAUGAGCUUAAGGAUCAGAUUCAAGAUGUGGAGGCAAAGCACAUGCAGAACCUCAAAGAGCUCAAGGAUUCCCUUUUGGAAGUGGAGGAAAAGUACCGUAAGGCCAUGGUCUCCAAUGCACAGCUGGACAAUGAGAAGACCAAUAUGAUGUAUGAAGUGGACACUUUGAAAGACUCUUUAAUGGAACUGGAGGAGAUGCUCUUUGAAACACGCCGUGAGCUUGAGGAAAAGUGUAAGGACCUUGAACGAGAGAAGCAUGCUCAUAGCAUACUGCAGUUUCAGUUCAGUGAACUGAAGGAGACGUUGAAACAGAGUGAAGAACUGCUCACUGAGAUCCGUCAAUUACGGCUCAAGCAAGACGGCUAUGUUAGGGAGAUUUCUGACCUCCAGGAAACUAUUGAGUGGAAGAAUAAAAAAAUUGGGGCAUUAGAAAGGCAGAAGGAAUUUUCUGAUGCCAUUCGAAAUGAGCGGGAUGAGCUUAGAGAUGAGGUUGUUCAGCUCAAAGAUAUUUUGAAGAAACAUGGCAUUGUCCUUGGACCCGACUCAGCCACCAGUGGAGGUGGAGAAACAGAGGACGAAGCCGGAAAGGCUGAUCAGAAUUCUCAAACUGCAUCAGCUGAAAUCCGAGAGGGGAGUAGUGUACUAGGCACUCAUCAGUUGAAGGUGUGUAAAGACCAGCAACAAAAAGAUUUGGAUGAUGGGGUGCCAGGGAAUCAGCAGUUUUCACAUGCCCCGUUCAGUUCUACAAAUGCACCUUUAGAAGCAAAUGAGAAUGGAGACCUUGGGGACCAAAUGAAUCGGGGUGUAGAGCAGCUUGAGAAUAGACCUGAAGAACUUCCAAGUUCUGUUGGUGAUGAUGAACUCACUGCAACAAGACCCAAGGAGGAGAUCAAAUCUGAGGUGCAUAUACCAGAAGAUUCAAGAGGCAAUACAGUGGAAGUAGAGUGCAUUGAUCACAAGGAUGGACAUUUGGAGACCGAUCAACAAGAGAGUGAAUGUGUCAAACCUAGUCAGGUGAUCAAAGAAGAAACUGUGGUGAUCCAUGAUGAACCUGAUCAACCUGGUGAAGCAGUGCUUGAUGAUAAACUCGAGCCUGUAGAAUCAUCUCAAACAGAGAAGCUUGCCAAAACCCAAGGUGCCAGUGCUUCAAAUAAAAAGAAGAAAAAGAAGAAGAAGAACAAGCAGAAGCAGAAACCGAGUGACAAACAAGAGAAUGAUACGAAGAUAGAUGACAAGACUGAAACAGUUUGUAGUGAAGACAAUCCAAACCAAAAAACGGAAGGUGAUCUAGAAGGAAACCAUCAGGAGCCCUUAGGGAAUGAUAUAUCCGAAACAACGAUGAAUACAGAUGUCCCACAUGAUGCUAAAAGAACCAGUGAAUUGGAUGAUAUCAAAACAACAAGCACAAAUAUAAAUGCUGAUGAUGUUCAAGAUACAAUUCUGUUAGUUACAGAUGAAGCUGAUUUAGCAGGAAUUUCUAAAACAAUCUCACAUUUUGAUUGCCCUGAAUCUAGCAAUGGCAUCCUUUCAGAUGAUCUGUCCAGCAAUGUUAUCUCUAACCCCUCAAACAUUAUUGAUGAACACACUGAGGAUUCAACAAAUCCUGACUCUGAAGCUGUAGUCUUUAGCUGUGAGCUUGUAUCUUCAGAAACGGAGACUUCACUGCCUCAUGAACCUUCUGCUCAGUCCAUGGAUGCUGUUGAAGGGGGUGUCGGGUCCACCAGCUGCUCUGAGAACAUUGAGAAAUCUUUAUCGGUAGACAUGAAGGAAGUGAAGAGCCAUCUGAACUGUGAAGUGGAAGAACAGGAAGAAAAUGUCCAGAACAUUGAUCUAGAUGGGACCACUAACCCUGAAGAUCAAGAUGACUCUGCUCAUCCCUCUUCCUCUGUAAUGGAGAAGGUGGGAAAUGAAGCUGAAAGGGUAAUCCAGGAACAACUUAUUGAUAAGCCAAUGGAAAACCAACUUCAAGACGGUAUUGGAGCAGAAUUGGACCUGGAAGAGGUUGAGAGACGAGAUAAAUUGGAUAAAGAAAACCUUAAAGCGCCUACUGAAAAAGUGUUUGAUACUCAAGACAGUAUUGGAUCAGAAUUAAACCAGGAAGAGGGUGAGAGACAAGAUGGUCUGGAUAAAGAAAACCUUAACAUGCCUACUGAAAAAGUGUCUGAUACUCAAGACAGUAUUGGAGCAGAAUUAAACCAGGAAGAGGGUGAGAGACAAGAUAAUCUGGAUAAAGAAAACCUUAACAUGCCUACUGAAAAAGUGUCUUAUACUCGAGACAGUGUUGGAGCAGAAUUGUACCAGGAAGAGUUUGAGAGACGAGAUGAAUUGGAUAAAGGAAACCUUAAAGCGCCUACUGAAAAAGUGUUUGAUACUCAAGACAGUAUUGGAGCAGAAUUGGACCAAGGAGAGGUUGAGAGACAAGAUGAUCUGGAUAAAGAAAACCUUAAAGCGCCUACUGAAAAAGUGUCUGAUACUCAAGACAGUAUUGAAGCAGAAUUGGACCAGGAAGAGGUUGAGAGACAAGAUGAUCUGGAUAAAGAAUACCUUAAAGCGCCUACUGAAAAAGUGUCUGAUACUCAAGAAAGUAUUGGAGCAGAAUUGGACCAGGAAGAGGUUGAGAGACAAGAUGAACUGGAUAAAGAAAACCUUAAAGCGCCUACUGAAAAAGUGUCUGAUACUCAAGACAGUAUUGAAGCAGAAUUGGACCAGGAAGAGGUUGAGAGACAAGAUGAACUGGAUAAAGAAAACCUUAAAGCGCCUAUUGAAAAAGUGUCUGAUACUCAAGACAGUAUUAAAGCAGAAUUGGACCAGGAAGAGGUUGAGAGACAAGAUGAUCUGGAUAAAGAAAACCUUAAAGCGCCUACUGAAAAAGUGUCCGAUGGAAGCCAUGUUGACAACACUCCUUUAAUUGAAACACAGGUUCAGGUUGUGCAUGAAGAUCACCUGUCUCCCAAUGAAGCAAUUAAGGAAUCAGUUGGAGAGUCAGAUUCUUCUGAACAAGAACCCAAGGUAGAAAAAGAUGAGGAGGACAGAUCAAUCCAAAAUCAGCUUGAAGUGCAACUGCCUGAAGAUGGAGAAGACCUUCUGGUAAAGUCAGAUGUGGCUGCUCAAGAGCUCAAGGAAGAAGACGAGGAAGAGGAAGAUGAAGGAGAAUCAUUUGAUUUUGAUGAAAUGGAUCUUGAAGCAUCAUCAGAUGCACCUCUAAAAAACUUUCUAGAUCAGCCAAAAGAGGAAGAGACUCUUUUCAAAGAUGAUGUCCAAGAAGCAAGCCAGGAAAACCAAAGCAAUGUCACUGAUGAGGACCAAAUUCAAAAAGAACAUCUAGAACUUGCAGAUCAGGAAUCAAAGCCAAAGGAGCAGAAAGAUGAUGGACAAGACACAGAAAACCCACAAACAACAACAGUUAUAAAAGGAUGUUUAACAGAGGAAAGCCAAAUCAGCAGUGAAGUCAAACCUAAUGAUCAGCAGCAUGAUACUUCUGGAAAUAAAGAAGAUGCAUUUGAGGAGCAUCAGCAGGCAUCAGAAAACGUGACGCUCAGUGAAGGAGUUAAUCUGAUCUCAGAGAUGGAGAAAAGAAAUGUAGGCCAAGAGAUCAAUAGUUCCAUUCAACAUGACAACAAGGUGUCAAGUAUUUCAGGAGAUCAGGAAGUUGAGAAGGAAACCACAGAAAGAAACAAGGAAGAUGAAAGAAAAGAAUCUAAAAAAAGUGGAAAAGGGAAAGGGAAGGGCAAGGGGAAAGAAGAAUGUAAAAUGUCUUAAUAGACAAGGACAUUGCCGAGUCUCUUCUCAGCAUCUUCAAUUGAAAAAGUAAUUUGCACUUAUGUAGGUCCUAAUGAAAUUAUUUUGGGACCAUUACUUCAGAGAACCGUAAAAUAAACAGUUAUCUUACAGUCAAACCCAAUUAUCAGUCAUUGCAUCUUUUUCAGCAAACAUAAUUUAUACAUGUUUAUCACCUGAUUAACAAUACAGAAACAGUAUUUAAAAUCCCUAAACCAAUUACACAUUAAAUGCUAUCAGUAAUGGGUAUAAAGUGUCAUAUUUAUAAUGAAAUUUUACAUGAGCAUGAAUAAAAUGUUUCUCAUACUAUACGAGUAAUACAAAUGAUCAGCUUUCUGUCUGUGCUGCAGUCAUGUUUAGCAGCUUCUUAAUUACAAUGUUUUCGGUAACAAAGGACCUGUAAAAUUUUUUUAAA